AUGGUUUCAGAGACAAACUCCUCUUCACCAAACACACCUACAACCCCGAGCACAACUACAACCACGAGCACAACUACAACCCCGAGCACAACUACAACCACGAGCACACCUACAACCACUCCUGCAGUAGCUGCAAUAUUCAACUUGGUCUUUAGCAUCAAUGAAACCUUUGAUGCAGCACUGGCCAAUACCAGCUCUCCACAGUUUGCAGCAAAAGCUACAAGUAUCCGUACUCAGCUUGAACCAAUUUACAGACAAAUGUUCAAAAACUUCCUCCGGAUGAUAAUUUAUGGUUUCAGGAAUGGUUCGAUUGACACAAAUUCCAGCCUUGAAUUUAGUGCCAAUGGCACCAUCCCAACUGACUCCACAGUAAAAGAUGCCCUUGUUAAUGCGACUACCGCCAACUCAAGCUUGAACAUUAUUACAAAUUCUAUAAAUGUCACCCGGGUUCCUGAGACAAACUCCUCUUCACCAAACACAACUUCACCCCCGAGCACAAAUACAACCAUGAGCACAAAUACAACUACGAGCACAACUACAACCCCGAGCACAAAUACAACCACUAACACAACUUCACCCCCGAGCACAACUACAACCACGAGCACAAAUACAACCACGAGCACAACUACAACCACGAGCACAACUACAACCACUCCUUCAACGCCUGAAAUUGCAGUAGCAAUUUUCAACUUGGUCUUUAGAAUCAGUGAAACCUUUGAUGCAGCACUGGCCAAUACCAGCUCUACACAGUUUGCAGCAAAAGCUUCAAUUAUCCGUACUCAGGUUGAACCAUUGUACAAGAAAGCCUUUAAAAACUUCAUCAUCAUGAAAAUUAUAAAAUUCUUGAGUGGCUCUAUUGUGACAGAAAGCAACCUAUUCUUCAGUGCUAAUGCCGCAAAUGUUACUGCGGCCCAAGUGAAAAACACUCUUCUCACUGGACUUCAAAACUUGAACUUUACUGUUGAUCCAAACUCCAUCAACGUCACCCAGACUCUUGGGAAUUCCAUGCCACCAGUGAUUGCCAGCUCACUUUCCGUGAUAUGGAUGUCUCUUCUAUCACUUCUUCUUUCAGUGGCAUUGCACUUCUAGCUCUAGACCUGAUCAGAAAACAUACAGAAUCAUAAUUCCUAAGUUAAAGGGAAUAUGGGGAAAAUGUUUCAUUCUUAUAAACAAAGAUAUCUUUACAUAAGAAAUUCUAAUAUCUUAAAUUGUUGAAACUGGAGACUUAAUGAGGGUUCUGAUUUGCCUGAAAAUUUCUAACACAUUCUAACAGUCCUACAAGGAUUUUGUUCGACUUAUAUUUAAAUCCAUUGAAAUCUUUUUUAAACCAUUGUGUAGUUCAUAGUAUAAAUUAAUGUUGUUCUAUAGAGUAUAAUUUCUAAAGACUUGCUUGUAUAUGCAAACCUACAUAUAAGUUCUUUAUAUCAGUGUACAAUUAUUAUAAACAUUGUUUGAAAUAAAGCUUUGCACAAUUUA